CAAGAACAAUCUUUAUCUUUAAACCAAGUCCCGGAAGUUGCAGAACCAGCGAUCCUGGGAUCAUCGUCGCCGCCGCCGGAGCUAGACUUCUCAAUCGAAUGGCCCCCCGACGGGAAUCUCAGCCUGGACUGGGUCCAGAACCUCAUGUCCGUCUUCGAUUGGUCUUCAAGAAAUCUAACACCAACCCAAUUCCCGGAGGUUCUUCCCGUCCAGGUUUUUGAUUCCUUGGCUCUUUGCGCCUCCAAGAUUCUCCACAAAGAACCCAAUUGCGUCAAGAUCGACGACUGCGGCCCUGACUCCACCGUCGUCGUCGUCGGAGACGUCCACGGCCAGUUGCACGACGUUCUUUUUCUUCUGAAGGAUGGUGGGUACCCUUCGGAGAAUCGAGUCUUCGUCUUCAAUGGGGAUUAUGUUGACAGAGGAGCUUGGGGUCUUAAGACUUUCUUGAUUUUACUGGCUUGGAAAGUGUUGAUGCCGAAAAGUGUUUAUCUUUUGAGAGGUAACCAUGAAUCCAAGUAUUGUACUUCUGUUUAUGGGUUUGAGAAGGAAGUGCUAGUCAAGUAUAGAGAUGACGAUGGUAAAGAUAAAGUAGGUAAACAUGUGUAUAGAAAAUGCCUGGGAUGCUUUGAAGGGCUUCCUAUUGCGUCCAUUAUAAAUGGCCAUGUAUAUACUGCUCAUGGAGGGCUGUUUAGGAGCAUUGCAGUGACACCAGCUAAGAGGGGAAAGGGAAAGAAGAAUCGAAAGAUUGUUUUGAAUUCGGAGACUAGUACUUUGAAUUUGGCCUUCACCAUUCGUUUUGAUGAUGAAAAUUCAAGUAGUAAGCUUAAAGUGUGGGUUGCCCAAGUGGAAACCGGGAGGGAGGGAGGGGGAGAGAGAGAGGGAGUCUGA